AGAUUACAUUUCCCCUGCAAUGCACCGUCGCGAUCACAGGGGGGGAACGGGCAAAAAAGGGAUGAUAAAGUUAGCUCUGAUAAACCUAAUCCGGAUUAUGCAUAUGGUUAAUCCAGGGAGUGUUUCAUUUCUGCUCUUCUCUGACCAUCCUUCCCGCUUUUCCGUAUCAAACAUCGAGCAGCUACGUCGCCCUCCUCGCUCCGCCCUGGACUGCUGCAGUUCCCCCUGAAUCGCUACGGAGUACACCUUUCACCAGGGCAGCAGUUUGAUCGUUUAGCUUACUGAAAGCAUAUUUUUUUUAAUCGACGCAGAGCUCAUAUGUGGAUUCAUGCGUGAUGAUCAAUAUGGAUUAAUAAUCGGAACCUGAGCGCAGGACGGCUCGUCUGGACGCUGCUUCCACAUUAGCUCCACCAUGUAUCAGACCUUACGGACGCUUUUACUAUCAAAUGCCCGGUGCUGGGAUGCCGACAGUCAGAGGUCAUACCAGGACCUGUUCGAGAGGCUCGAUACCAACAAAGAUGGCAAAGUGGAUGUGGCUGAAUUACGAGCGGGCCUCAAGGCGAUGGGCAUAUUCCGCCAGGGUGCAGCACAGAAAAUCGUGUCGUCUGGUGACCAAAACAAGGACGGCUGUCUGGACUUCAACGAGUUUACCAAAUAUCUGAAGGAACACGAGAAGAAGCUGCGGCUGACAUUCAAGAGUCUGGACAGAAACAACGAUGGGCGCAUUGAUGCCUCAGAGAUCCAGCAGUCCCUUGCAGAGCUGGGCAUAGAUGUCAGCAGAGAGGAUGCACUGAAAAUCCUGCAGAGUAUGGACAUUGAUGGGACCAUGAUGGUGGACUGGAAUGAGUGGAGAGAACACUUCCUGUUGUACCCCGGCCACAACCUGGAACAGAUCAUCCGCUACUGGAAGCACUCCUCGGUGCUGGACAUAGGUGACAGUCUUGCCAUCCCAGAUGAGUUUACAGAAGAAGAGAAGAGCUCAGGUGGCUGGUGGAAGCAGCUUGUUUCAGGUGCAGUGGCGGGGGCAGUUUCUCGCACCGGUACUGCCCCACUGGACAGAGUGAAAGUCUUCAUGCAGGUUCACUCUUCUAAGAGCAACCGGAUAAGUCUGGUAGGGGGCUUCAAGCAGAUGAUUGUAGAAGGAGGUCCGGCUUCACUGUGGAGGGGGAACGGAAUCAAUGUUUUGAAGAUCGCACCUGAGACAGCAAUCAAAUUUAUGGCGUAUGAACAAUAUAAAAAGUUGUUAACGUCAGAAGGAAAGAAGAUUGAGACACACAAGAGGUUUAUGGCUGGAUCUCUGGCCGGGGCCACAGCACAAACAGCCAUCUACCCAAUGGAGGUAUUAAAAACUCGACUGACCCUGAGAAAAACAGGCCAAUACGCAGGAAUGUUUGAUUGUGCCAAAAAGAUCCUGAGGAAGGAGGGCGUCAAAGCUUUCUACAAGGGCUACAUUCCAAACUUACUGGGCAUCAUUCCCUACGCCGGGAUAGACCUCGCUGUUUAUGAGAGUCUGAAGAACACCUGGUUGUCGUACCAUGCAAAAGACUCGGCUAACCCUGGAGUUCUGGUGUUGCUGUGCUGCGGGACCAUCUCUAGUACCUGUGGGCAGCUGGCCAGCUAUCCACUCGCACUUGUACGCACACGGAUGCAGGCACAAGCGUCUCUGGAUGCAUCAGACCAGCCUACCAUGACUUCCUUGGUGAAGAAGAUUGUAGCCAAAGAUGGUUUUUUUGGACUUUACCGGGGUAUCCUGCCGAACUUCAUGAAAGUCAUUCCUGCUGUCAGCAUUAGCUACGUGGUUUAUGAGUACAUGAAGACUGGCUUGGGAAUCUCCAAAUGAUGCUGUGAGCUAAUGAGAAAGAGAACUUCCUGACUGAAAUAACUCCAAAAAGACCGACAGACAUCAAGCAAACAGAGCAUGACUUCCAUCAGUUGACAGAGAAGUUCAUCGCAUGGAAACCUGUGUGUCACAAGAGCUGCCAGUACCCAGAGCAUUAAUCAGUUAUGGUGUGCAUGCUUUAAAUUUUGUCCUAAUGCUAUACACUCCUCUCAUUUACACUCUCCAAAGCAAAGCUUGUCACAAAGACAGUUCUGCACUUAUAAAAAAUAGUAAGUAUAUUUUGUUGGUUAAUUUAUGUCACUGUCAUUCCUUGAAACUGUGAUGAAACACAAAUGGGGCACAAUGAAGGAAGAUUUAUUUUUUUCUGGAGAAAAACAGACUUUAUCCCAUGCCAUGUUUGUAGUUUCAGAAUGAGAGAAAUAACACUAUGUCAGUUUAAGUGUUCACACGCUGUAGUGGUAAUCCAACACUUCUGUAGUUUCUAAACACCUGUCCCUGGAGUGACAUCAGCUCCUGGCAAACAACACUCCAAAAGCAGCUGUCAACUAAAAAUAAGUGGUCCUCAAAAAUCAAUACUUUAAAACACUGGAAUAGAGUGUGUAUGAAGACGCACAUCUUGUGCAAUGUGAAAACCACUAAUCCCACAUUCUGUAUUUGAUAGCUAUGUGCCUUAUAGCCUUUUGGUGUGAACCUUAUAACAUCAGAAGAUUCAUUCUGUAGCUAUAUACAUAUACUGUAUUUAUGUACUGUAUAUACAUAAACAUGUUUUCAGUUAUUCUUAUUCAUGGGUUCAGCAAUGAAAACUAUAAUACCUGGUCACUGGACUAAAAUACUUGCAAGGAACAUAUUUUUGUCGUGUGUCACUUCUCAUUUCAACACAAAAGACCGCCUUCUACAUGCACAGACAGACCCACAGCAGUUAACAUUUUGUUCCGUUCUGUCAUACAGCCAAGCAGUGAGAGGUUUUUAUGAGGCAUGCAAGAUGACAAUCACCCUUUUGCGUUCAGAAAAGUUAAUGUUUAUGGGGAUUUUAAGAGGCUGAAAGUGAUCUUUAGUUAUUGUUCCAACUUCAUAUCGAUGGUCUUUUCAGUGUCAGCUUUUCAAAUAUUAUGGGGAUCAGUGGUUUAAAAAUCACCGAGAUGUGUUGAAUGUUCCACCUGGUGGGCAAUAAAGACAAAACGCGUGGGCGCAUUUCCA